GUCGCAGGCUGAUGUAUGGUUCGGAGUCCGGCAAGAAUCAUCAAAAAUUUUUAAAUCUCAUGUGGUAUUUGCUUUCGUGUAACUUUUUCAAUUUAUAAAUUUUGGAUUUCCAAAAAAUAUUGAAUGACACAUAGCGUAAAAUGGCGACGGAAAAGGAUUUAGUAAAUGGUAUUAAAUAAAUCUGUACGAGAAUCGUUAAAGGCCGAUGGAAAUCUUGAUCGGAUAAAAGCAGAAAUGUGUACAGAGGUGAUAAAAUUGCUCGAUUGUUCUAAUAAAGAAAACAAAUCAGAAACUGUCAAGCCUUCUCACGAUAUUGUUUUUCUCAAUGAACUCGUCAGAGAAUAUCUGGAUUGGAUGGGUUAUAAAUAUAGUUCUACUGUAUUUAUCACAGAAUGUGAUCUUCCCAAACAUUGCUUGGAUCGUAAGCUUCUUGCACAAGGCUUAGGGGUAAAGGACAGUGAAAAGAGUAAAAACUUACCGCUAUUAUGUGGUCUUGUACAAACAUUUACUAGCUUAAAAAAUACUUAAUUAUAAGAUCUACAUGAGCAUAUAUUAUUCAACAUUCAAAAUUGAUUGUGAUUUGAAUGCUAUUUAUUUCCUAUGUACGUUACAAAUUUCACAUACUUGGAUAUUUUUACACACGCAUGCGCGCGCUCACACACACACACACACACACACAACAUGCAAACUCAAAUGUAUGCAGAUUGUUAUAUUUAUUGCAAUAAAUAAUAGAAAACAAAGCAGAAA